CGAAGCCCACAUCCUCCAGAGACAGACUCGACGCCAUCAGAUACGCAACUCCCACCCACUGCACGAGCUCAAUUAUCUGAGAGGCCUCCGUCGAGCAAGCCAAGAUGCGGAUCAACCUCUACCUCACACCUUCCAACCCGCCCGCUUCGCCGGUGUCGCUGCUUGGCGAGCCUGCUAGCAGCUCCUCCUCCUCUUCUGCCUCAUCAGUAGCAACCUCAUCCCGUUCCUCCGCCCCCAAACCUCUCCUGGCCCUAUGCCCCAAUGGCGAGCUUGUCCUAAUCGAACUCCAAGGCUCCCUCGAGAUGGAAGGACUCGAUUCUGACCUCUCCUCUGCCUCUGCCUCUGCAGAAGGGUCCGCAUCAGGUGGUGGUCAAGUAGUGGGAGAAUUUUCAUGGGGUGAAGGGAAAGAGGAUAAGCCUACACUGCUACUCUCGCAUCAUCGACUUGAGGGGAAAUUGAUUACGCUGGGGAGACCGCUGGCUGUGCUUGAGAAGAGGAGGAGGAAGGUGGUUAGAGCCGGGCAGGACAAAGAAGAGGAGGAGGCAGAGGGGAGAGCAACAUUGCUCCCUUCUUCGCCCGACCUGAAGAUGACUACGGUGGCAGCUGAAAAUCCGCUGCUAGAAGACAGCGAUGACGACGAGGAAGGCGCAGAUGCCCAAGGAAGGGGCAGGAGCAUAUCCCCCACUGUCCAGCGGAUGAAGCGCGAUCACGCCCUCGAUCCAGACCAUAACCAGGGCUCCUCCAGCUCCACCUCACUAGGACCUCUAAGCAAGAAGCCCAAAAUCGACUCUUUCAACAGUGCUUCAACGCAGACUCCCUCACGUCCUACCUCCAAGGCGCCUCCUCCUCCGACAAGCAGUCCCUCCAGUACGCCACAAGCUCCCAUGCGUGGCUCCGCGCUGGACUUUAGUAGUCCACAACCGCCUUCUUCUCCCCCUCUUCCUGCUUCUAGAGCCAGAGCCGCACGAGUGGGGAUGGGCAUGAGCUCACCGCUGCAAGAGCGGGUUGGGCCUAAUGACCAGGAAGAGGGAGAGAGAGAGGGAGAGGCAGACGGGAGGACACCCACGACCAAGAGCAAGAGCAAGACUGCAAUCCAAGCGACAGGAGAGGAGACGCCUACUCAGAGGGGAAAGCAAAGCGCGAUUCCUGGAGGAGCGCGCAAGAGACAGACGUCGACUUACUACGACGUGGUGUGUAUUGUGCGCAAGAAGGUCCUCUUUAGCAAGAGGCCCGAGCCGGUGGUGCAUGGACUUGGCGCAGCUGCAAAGAAGUAGACGUGACCUGCCAAGCUGUGCUCAGGCGGUUCAGAGGCUGAUGUGAGAGCAAUGUGGUAUUGACAAAUGACAAAUAGAGACGUAGAUGAGCGAGACAGAUGAAGAAGCUGGACACUGGUGAUAUGAUGCGGUGCAAGAGACCAUCUCUUCCGACUGCUGCAGGUGCAGCAUGAGCUACAGGCUCCACAGCUCUCUAUAAACACUUCUGGAAUCUCAACACUUCCUGGAGAUGCCCUUCCUCAACUCCUCCUCUCUAUACUCAAACAUGAGUUGCACGCCCACGAACAGUCCAAAGC